UUAGCAGUUUAUAUUUACUAAAAUAACUGCACUUCCAUGUUCUACUGUGGGCGACCAGUACUGUGGGAGAACCAGAUAUAGUGAAUGCAGGGUCCGGGGAGACCGGAUAUAGUGAAUGCAGGGUCCUGGGAGACCAGAUAUAGUGAAUGCAGGGGUCCCGGGGAGACCAGAUAUAGUGAAUGCAGGGUCCGAGGAGACCAGAUAUAGUGAAUGCAGGGUUCGGGGAGACCAGAUAUAGUGAAUGCAGGGUCCGAGGAGACCAGAUAUAGUGAAUUGCAGGGUCCGAGGAGACCGGAUAUAGUGAAUGCAGGGUCCGGGGAGACCAGAUAUAGUGAAUGCAGGGUCCGGGGAGGGAGACCAGAUAUAGUGAAUGCAGGGUCCGAGGAGACCGGAUAUAGUGAAUGCAGGGUCCGAGGAGACCAGGAUAUAGUGAAU